GCGUUCAAUGAAACUCUUACAGAAAAAAGACACAAAAAGUGAGAAAAGUUUGUGAAAAUAUUGAAAAUGUGAUCGAAUCAAAAUGAGUUGGCGUAGUUUAAUAGUUUUAAAUUUUCUAUCGCUACUCUCCUCAUCCAUCGCUAUAACAAUAGAUGGACAAUUUAAUACUGGUGACUUUUAUCUCUUUCUCAAUAAAUUCGGAUUCAUAAAAACUGAAAAGACUUCAGAACAAAAAGCAAGUUUUGGCUAUAUCUUUGGAAAUAUAACAACCGAGGAUCACUUUCCUGGUACAUUGACAUUAGCAGUACUCGAUAGACAUCAUUUCUUAGAGUUUUAUGGAAAUCGAAGCGUGUCCAAUCGUAAUUUAGCAUGUAAGAAAAUGUUUUCGCGACUGAAUGUCACAGCUUUUGAUGCCAAAUGCAAUCGAGAAGGGAAAGGCGAUUAUUUAAGGCGAGUACCGUGUCGUUCAGAACUUUGUCCCGACGAGGAUACGCCAUCAAAUGUGAUUACACAAAGUCAAUUUACAUUCGUAAUUAGUAAUUUGAACCAGCCUAGGUUCUGGUAUGUAUCAUUAGUUGCAUGUUAUCGGAAUGCAACAACAUGCGAUUGGGAGCAUUAUGAUGGACUUCCAAUGAAGAUAAAUUAUCACAUGCAAUUGGUGAAUGGAAAUCCACUCUGGGGACAGUCAUCUUAUUACAGUCCAUUUGUUUAUCACUUUUCCUACGAUCAACAGAACAUCCUCGAACAAUGUCUCAUCUUCUUCGUCAUUUACAUCUUCUUGGUACCAAUACAGAUUCAUGGAAGUCAAAAACAAAGUCAUCCAGUUACCAAACUCUUCACAUUAAGCAUUAUUUUAGAGUUUGUCAGCAUUUGUUUCAUUCUCAUUCAUCUGAUAAGAUUUGCAUCGAAUGGCAGAGGCAAUGAAGAGCUCAAAGUUACUGGAGAGAUUUUUGAUAUUUUAAGUCGAACAUCUUUCAUGUUAAUUUUGUUACUAUUGGCCAAGGGAUGGGCUGUAACAAGACUUGAGAUCUCAUCAAUAAGUUGGCUUGUAUUAAUCGUCAUUUGGAUCUCUUAUUUGUCGCUUAAUCUCGUGCUUUAUGUUUGGAAUAUGACAGAAAUUGAUGUCAUUUCAGACAUUGAUGAGUUUCAAACAUGGCCGGGAUUUUUAGUACUGAUCAGUCGUUCAUGUAUUAUGCUUUGGUUCCUUUAUGAACUUCGAACAACAAUGAAAUACGAGCAUUCAUCAAAAAAGUUGGAUUUUCUUCUUCAUUUCGGAGCAUCCUCAUUGGUCUGGUUUAUUUAUCUUCCAAUCAUUGCUGUAAUCUCAAUGCAGGUUUCAGUAUUCUGGAGAUACAAACUUCUCCUUGCUGUCACAAAUUCUGUUGAUUGUCUGGCUUAUUGUGUGAUGAUGGGACUUUUAUGGCCUAAUCGUAGUGGACAAUAUCUUCUACUUGCCGGUCCUUCAACAGGUGCAGAUGAACUUGACGAAUUCAAUGAAGCACCACAUAACACUCGUGAGAUUUACACUGAUGAUAUUCCAAAUGAUCAUGUUAACCACGAAGACUUAGAGACACUUGUCAAUACUGAUCAUCUUUUAACAAACAACGUUCACAACAAUGGUGGUGAUAAUUUACUUUUAAUUGAAAACACCGAACUGACGGCAGUGAACGAUAACAAAAAGUCUAAUAUUUUUACGUGAAAUGCUCUUAGGAAUUUUCCCCCUUCAAUGAUAAUCGUAACGAUUUACUCAUCCAAGAAAUGAAAAGAAAAUAUUUUCUGUGAAGAAAAAGUUGCAAACUCAUAGCUUCCAUUUAUUUAAAUUAAAUUUUUGCUCUUUUUUUUGUGUAAAUUUGCUUCAUCAUUUGUUAUUCAACACAAUUCAAUGAUUUGUUGUGUCUCUAAUGUGAGUCAUCAUUCCACUUGAUUUUGAAUUCUUUUUUACACAAAACAAAAUUUCUUUAUUGUUUGUUAUGAAAUUUUAAUCACUUGUUGAAUUAUCAUUAGAAUUAAAUAUUGUGGGUGGGAAAAAAUUGAAGAAAACAAAAACAAAAAUCAGAAACAUUAAAAUUCUUGUGACGUAGUAUUUGAUGAACCCCUUAAUUCGAGUGAUGUACAAAAAUAAUUAAUUCAUAUAUAUGAAAAAACCUCCACUUAGACGUUCAUAUUGUAGAUUUGGUUUUAUCUCUGUGAAUACAAGUUAGAUAUGUAAAUGAUUGAAAAUGUUUACUUUUUUUCAUCUUUCAAAUAUUUUGAAUUACAAAAUUUUCACUUAAAGCACAAAACCUGAGUGUAGGCGUAGUAGCGAAUAAUUAGCUGUGAAGUUUAAAAGUAAGAUAAAAGAGAAGAAACUUCAAUUAUAAAAGAAACGAAAAGCAGAUAAAUUGUAAAGUUUCGUAUUUUUGUACUUUAUUUUCUUGCUGAAAUGCUGGAAGAUUAAAAGAAAACAAAAAGAUUUUAACUGAAUUUUAAAUUAGCCGAAAAAUAAAAGCUUGAAGUGUAGUAGAGACUUCAAAUUUGUUUUUGUGAAAUAAAUAUGCCAAUUUAUUCAUUUGAUGAAGAAAAAAAAAAUUUUAAGGAGAAAUAAAGAAGAAAUCAAUUUAAAUUAUCUUAAAAAA